CGAGAACUUUGUUGAAAAUGUGUGUUUGUGAACGAGAAUAUCUGAGAACUUUUCUGUGGGAUCUUCGUUAAAUUUUAGCCAAUUUUAGCUGAAAUCAGAUGAUCAAAGUUUAAACGCGCAGCUCCAAAGCAGCAUCAGAAGCAGCAGUUAGUUUGCCGUCUUGGCACUCUUUAGUCAAAGUUCGACGAAACCGAGAUGACUACGUCGAGAAGUUUGGUCGUUUUGUGCGCCUGGCUGCUUAUUCUUGAGCUUACUCCAUUGUCUCGAGCUUUCGCGGCCACCCGUGAUGAGCUUCGCCUGCGCCACUUGAGCGUCGUAUUUAGACACGGAGAUAGAAUGCCGGAUAAGUUUCCACUGAGAUUUCCCAAUGAUCCAAAUAUGCACCAAGAUUUUGAACCUGGUGGCUUGAUCAACGAAGGAAAGAGACGAGUGUACCGUCUCGGCGAAUUGUUGCGUAAAAGAUACGAUGACUUUCUCGGCACCGAUUACGAAGAGGGCAAAGUUUUCGGCCUAAGCUCCUAUAUGCCGCGAACCAUGAUGUCGUUGCAGCUCAUGCUGUCGGCUCUUUAUCCGGCCUUUUUAUCGAAGAAACAGCGCUGGCACGAGAAUCUCAAUUGGCAGCCUAUACCUGCUCGUUAUUUGGAGUUCAAAAAAGAUACUCUGUUUUCUGGUGACAAAUGCGAUCUGGCCGUCGAGGAGCAGAAAAAAGUCUUUGAAUCGGAAGAAACGAAGAUCAGGUGGAAGGAGUACGAGCCGUAUUUAGAAGAUUUGCGAUUAAAGACUGGAAAGGAAUCACCGAUCAAUUGGAAUGAUCUUCUCAUUUUACACAACAAUCUUGAUAUUGAAAGUAGGCUCAACAUGACGAUGCUUCCGUGGAUGAAAGAAGUCCUAGUUAAUAAGAAGUUGGAAGAACUUCGUCACUUGUUUUAUGAACUCACCGGCAAAACUGAAUUGCUUCGACGAUAUCUAGCUGGCGAUUUUAUUCGACGUAUCAAUGAGGACAUAUUAAAAGCAAAGAAUGAACCGAAGCAGGCUAGGAAAAUUUCGGUUUACAGCGGCCACGAUAAAAACAUCAUUUCGCUGUUGCAGCAUCUGAAAAUAUACCAGCCAGAUUUCCCAGAUUUUUCCGCGGCUCUAAUUUUCGAGCUCCUUUCUCAAAAUUCAAGUUAUUACGUAAGAAUCUGGCGCUACCAAGGCAUACCAGAGGAAUUUAAAUUGCUACAGCUACCUGAAUGUGACACUUUGUGCCCGCUCGACGAUUACCUGAACCUUACCAGGUCUUUGCAAAUGACUGACGACGAAGUGAACUGCGUGAAAUCUGCCGAUUUAUAUUUCGAUGCGACUAAUUAAUUUAAG